GGGCUGCGGAGCCGCCCGCUGCGAGGAGGAGCGGGGCUGGGGCUCCGCCCUGGAAAAAAGRCGUAACCUGAGGCCCCGGAGAACUGGAGAUGCAGGCGCCGAGACAAGUUCGCUCCCAGGACCCUGGACAGCGCCGGGUGCUGGACCGGGCUGCCCGGCAGCGCCGCAUCAACAGGCAGCUCGAGGCCUUGGAGAAUGACAACUUCCAGGACGACCCCCACGCAGGCCUCCCCCAGCUCGGCAAGAGGCUGCCUCAGUUUGACGAUGAUGCAGACACUGGAAAGAAAAAAAAGAAAACUCGAGGUGAUCAUUUUAAACUUCGCUUCCGAAAAAACUUCCAGGCCUUGCUGGAGGAGCAGAACCUGAGCGUGGCAGAGGGCCCCAACUACCUGACGGCCUGCGCAGGGCCCCCGUCCCGGCCCCAGCGCCCCUUCUGUGCUGUGUGCGGCUUCCCUUCCCCCUACACCUGCGUCAGCUGCGGAGCGCGGUACUGCACGGUGCGCUGUCUGGGCACCCACCAGGAGACCAGGUGUCUGAAGUGGACUGUCUGAGCCUGGGGUCUCCAGAGAGGAAGGACCUCCAUGUACCACCAAGGAAGUGCCCUGAACAGGGAGGAGCCACGCACUCCCCUAGCACAGCUCUGUUGUCCCUACAGGGACCGCCAGUCUUGUCUCCGGGGUCGUCCAGCAGGGUGGGCCCAGCCUGCAGAGUGCUGUGGUAAUAAAAGGCCUGGUGCCCAGA